AUCAGUGCCCAUUAGUGCUGCCUAACAGUGCCCAUCAGUGCCACCUAUCAAUGCUCAUCAGUGCCACCCAUCAGUGCCCAUCAGUGUUGCCUAUCAGUACCCAUCACAGUGCCACCUGUCAGUGUCCAUCAAUGCCACCUGCCAGUGCCCAUCAGUGUCACAUCAAUGUCACAUAUCCGUGCCUACCAGUGCACAUCAAUGCCACAUACCAGUGCCCAUCUGAGCUGCCUUUCAGUGUCACCUAUCAGUGCCAGUCAGUGCCACCUAUCAAUGCCAGUCAGUGCCACCUAUCAGUGCUGCCAAUCUGUGUCACCUAUCAGUGUCAUUCGGUGCCGCCUCUUAGUGUCAGUCAGUGCCACCUAACAGUGCCAGUCAGUGCCGCCUAUCAGUACCAUAUAUGAGUGC